CCGUGUUGAGUGGGGAAUUAAAAGAAAAACGCCCAAACACUGUGAUAUUACCUGAUUUGUCAGCCACUGCUGCGCUUUGCAUCUGCAGCCGUGGAGGGUUCCCCCCCUCCACCACCACCACCACCUCCACCACCACACCACCCCCUCCCGCUGUAAUAUUUAUGACAAAACGGAGGCAAAUUAUUCUGGUCACGUUUUUGGCUGACAGCCGGCUGUCCUGGAGAGCUCUGGAGUGAAUCGGGGUCCAGCGUUGGAGAUAGCGCAGCGCACCGACACCUGCAGUAGGAUGUAAAGGGAAUUCCCACUCACCAAACUGAGUAAUCCACAGAUCUGGCCAUCGUCCUCAUCACUGUCUCGUUUGAGCCAGAAGAAAAUAAGAGACAGAGCAUGGUCUGGCGUGGCGGCCGCUGUUGCUAUGUGUGAGGGAGUGCUGUGGCGUCAAUGGAGACCGAAGGCUAUCGUGACCUCCUGGAGACCAGCGAUGGUCAGGGGGUAGGCCUGCUGGAUGGAGGGGGCGAGGUCGGGGUGGAGGAGGGCUGGAGCACGCCCUACCCCCUGGGCUUCCAGGUGUCUUUGACCACUGUGCUGAUGCUGGAGCUGGUGUUGGGCUUCAGCAGCAACCUGACUGUGCUCGUGCUCUACUGUGCUCAGUCCAACCUGGUGGAUUCAGUCAGCAACCUGGUCACAGUCAACCUCCACGUGCUGGACAUACUGGUCUGUCUGCUGUGUCUGCCGCUGACUGUGGCUGUGAUCCUGCUACCAGCUAAUGAAAGUGGAGUCAGCAGUCUGGCCACGCUGUGCUGCUUUCAUGAGGCUUGUGUUACGUUCACCAGCGUGGCCACGGCAGUCAAUGUGCUGGUGAUCAGUUUGGAUCGAUACGACAUCUCAGUGCGCCCGGCCAGUCGCCUGCUGACCCCCAGGCGUGCAGCGUUGCUCCUGGCAGCAGUGUGGGCCGUGUCUCUGGCUGUCUUCUUCCUGCCUUUUCUCGAGGGGGAUUUCUUCUCAUCGAGUGUUAAGGAUAGUGAGGAUGAGGAGCCGGAGGGGCAGAAUAAUAACUCUGAGCACACCACAGGACUGACCCCCAUUUUUUCCUCCAUCUCUCCUUCCCCUUUACCCUCAACCCAUCCUUCCUCCCCUUCACACCACCAUACUCCAGUAUGGCAGAACAGGACACUGCUGUGUGUAGGAGGGCAGGGAUACCACACAGGCAUGGCUAUGUAUUACCACUUGUUACUCCAAGUGCCAUGCUUCUUCAUCGCUGUGGUCGUCAUGUUGUUCACCUACUCCAAGAUCCUGCAGGCCCUCAACAUUCGCAUAGGCUCCCACAUGAUGAGGACCACGCGUGCAAAGGACUCCACCUGCAGGAUACGCUGCAGGAGGCAGAAGAAGAAGGACCUGAGCCUGCCCACAGAGGUAGUGUCCUCCAACCAGAACCAGAACCUCAACCACCCUCCUCUCAUCCCCUCCCCCACCCCGACACCAACAUCACCCCCACCACUCCCCUCCAUGCCCCAGGUGAUUUCUGACAGUGGAGCAACAGUCACGACUGUCAGCACUGCUGCCACCACCCCCAUCGCCACCACCCCGGCCACCCCUGCUUCUCCGACCCCACCAUCAGCCUCAGCCCAGACCCAUGCCACCACACCACUGCCUGCCUCCUCCAUGGGUGUACAGGCCUCAGUUUCUGCCAUCAUCGCCUUGAGGCGGGCAGUGCGCAGGCACAGGGACCGUCGAGAACGUCAGCGCCGCGUCCUAAAAAUGUCCCUAAUCAUCAUAUCCACCUUCCUGGGCUGCUGGGCCCCUCUGUCAGCAGUCAAUGUUCUGAUCCUGUGUAUGGGUCCCAGCGACGGCCUGGUGCGACUGCGCCUCUGCUUCUUGGCCAUGGCUUAUGGAACCACAAUUUUUCAUCCCCUGCUCUACGCUUUCACCAGGCAGAAGCUGCGCCGUGCCCUCAAAACACGUGUCAAGAAAAGGGUAGUGUCCCUUCUGCAGGUGGACCCGGCUCCCAGCGGGGGGACAGUUAUUCAUAACUCCUGGGUGGAGGGAGGAGGCCAGAGGAAGAAUCGCAAGCCACGUGUGGAGGCCAGCGAUGGCACUGAUCGAUGCCUCACAGAGGCAGUGAGGGAAUGAGGCUGGUCUUCAGUGUGUUUGCAUGUGUGAGUGUAUGUGUGUGAAUUUGAAGAAUUGUAUGUGUCCUACCGGUUUGCCAGAGAUGGAUCGUGUGUAUAUUCGUGCAUGGGUGUGAGAAAAUGCGAACCAGUAAGUUUACAAAGGUCAGGACAAAUCCCAUGGCCACUGGUUCCAUGCAGAUGUGGAGACAGGAGAGUCCUGAGCUCUAAUUAGAGCCUGCUAUCUGCUCUCCUUACACGGGCCCUCAUUAGUCCACUUUCUGACUGACAAGGUGGCCACUGUGUCUCCAUGACAACAUUGGCCAAGCAUUAUGACCACACCACAGCCAUGGCUACUGAAAAUACUAGUGUGCACUCGACUUGUAGGAUAAGGGUUAGACGACAGCAAACGCAUACAUCACUGCUCCUGCGUGCACUUUCAACUUGCAUGUGCAUGUACAUAUGCACACACAUAUACACACACACACACACACACACACACACACACACACACACCUAAAAUGCACACUGAUCUACGUAUAUAUAGACAUUAUCUGUGAAAGCACACCAAUAUCUACCUGCACAGAUAUUCUCAGUGAGAAAAAUAUUAAUGGAAGUCUAUAUUUCUCUUUCUUUCUCUCAUUUGUUCAUGCCUUAAUUGAGUUGUUAAUAUAUUCUCGUGGUGCUGAAUGUCCUGCUGUAUGUUUACAACAAUAUAUCAGAGUGAAAGUGUUUGCAGAUACUGUAUAUGGUAUAGCAAAUUAAUGGCGGGUAAAUACAAGCAUCAGAUUCAAAGUUUACAGGCUCAUAUGAAACUACCAGGAAACUGCAAAAAAAAAAAAAAGAUUCCAAUUUCUUUUCCAGUAAGCACCAUACCUUAGAAGAAUGUGUGUAAGUUAAAGCUAAAAGGCAUGACUUUAUUUAUUUAUUUUUUUUAAAUAAACUUUAAGAGUAACAGUCAUGAUGACGUAUGCGAGAAUGUGUGAUUGUGCUGGUGUGUUUGCAUGAGCGCACGAAUGCAUGAGUGUUUGAGUGUGUGGUUGUGUGAAUGAGCAACUGAGUGUGUGUGUGUCCGUUAUGUGCAAUAAAUCAUGAUAAAAGCAAUGACCCCAAGGAUGUGAACAAAGAGAAUGUGAACACAGAAUUGUUGGUUUUCUAUGUAUGGUUUAAAUUCUUGGGGGAAGAGAGAAGAAAGGGGACUUAAUCUUCUGAUUAACAGCAAGAGGCCACUGGGCGUAAUAUAAAAGCAGAUAACUUGGAGCAAAUGUAACCACACAGGCCACUGUAAUACUGCUGACAUUGUAUCACUUCAGUUUUUAAGUGGAAAUCAAAGGGCAACAUUUUGUGGAAAUUUCAUUAAAACUGUCUGUAGUCACUGCAGGUAAACUAACAUCUUAUACAGGAGGAAUCCCAACGUGGGGCAAAAAAAACCUUCUGGUAUGGGACGUCUCCACGUGUUAGCUGUUUGUUGCUCUGGAGGGCAGAGUCACUGCUUUUGGACAGCACUUUGAAUGACUGCAGAGGCAGAAAGGCCUCUGUCAGCUUCUGGACUGAGUCCUGGACAUGUUACACUAUAUGUGUGUCUCUCUUUCUCCUCAGGGCUUCAUGUCUCAUUUUCCAAUGUGCUGGACAUUUAACAAUAAACCAGCCCUCAAUCAGCUGUCGUAUUAUGGGUGUUACAGUAGGUAAAGAUUUAUGUCAGUAAGUAGAUAGAGUACACUUUAAACUUUAUAUGGAAUCAAGUCUUGGAGAGCGUCUUUGGGAUUUGGGCUAUCUCCUUCAUCCUCACCCCUUUUACACUAUUUGUGAGCCAGACAGAAGACAAUAAUUUUUGUGUAUUCAUGUACAUUUUUCAGGGAUGUAAAUAUUAAAGUGUCUGUUUUGGGUUUUAGUCAAAGUUUUUUUUUUUGGUCACAAUCAUCUGCCGGACAGAAAAUCAGCCAUUGUGAUAAACUCUGAGUGAGCUGGAAAGUUACUGUAAAGAGAAGAUACAUGUAAGUGUAUUUGUGUUAAUACUGUAUGUGUGUACACUGUACUGUACAUUUAUGACCACGUGUAUAGAGAAAUAUUAGUAUUGUAUAAGAUUUAUAUUAUGUGUUAUUGUAUAGAACAGAACAGAAUCUGUAUUAAA